CCCCCCGGCCCCGGGGCCGCCGCCGCCCGCUCGCAGCCCGCCCCGCCCGCCGGGAUCGCCGCCCCGCUAUGAAGGUGCUCCGGCACAAGAUCGAGCUCCUGACAGGGCUGCUGCUGCAGGAGAUGACCAUGGCAGGGCUGCACGAGCUGCGCUUCACCGAGGAGAAGCCGCUGCUGCGGGGACAGGACACCGAGCUGGUGAGUUUGGAGAACUCGGAUGUGUUCCUCUCCGCUGUGGACACGGACUGGAAGGAACAUGACAUUGAGACCCCCUACGGGCUGCUGCACGUGGUCAUCCGGGGCUCUCCCAAGGGCAACCGCCCGGCCAUCCUGACCUACCACGAUGUGGGCCUCAACCACAAGCUUUGCUUCAACACCUUCUUCAACUACGAGGACAUGCAAGAGAUCACGAAGCACUUUGUGGUGUGCCACGUGGACGCGCCGGGCCAGCAGGCAGGAGCCUCACAGUUCCCUCAGGGGUACCAGUAUCCAUCCAUGGACCAGCUGGCUGCCAUGUUACCCAGCGUGGUGCAGCAUUUUGGGUUCAAGUACGUGAUCGGGAUCGGUGUUGGGGCAGGAGCCUACGUGCUGGCCAAGUUUGCGCUCAUCUUCCCUGACCUGGUCGAAGGGUUGGUCCUGAUGAACAUCGACCCCAACGGCAAAGGCUGGAUUGACUGGGCAGCUGCCAAGCUUUCCGGGCUCACCAGCACGCUGCCGGACUUUGUCCUGUCCCACCUGUUCAGCCAGGAAGAGCUGAUGAACAGCACGGAGUUGGUGCAGAGUUACCGGCAGCAGAUCGUCAGCGUGGUGAACCAGUUCAACCUCCAGCUUUUCCUCAACGUGUACAACAGCCGCAGGGACCUGGACAUCAACCGGCCYGGGACUGUGCCCAAUGCCAAGACGCUGCGCUGCCCCGUGAUGCUGGUGGUCGGGGACAACGCGCCCGCUGAAGAGGGGGUGGUGGAGUGUAACUCCAAGCUGGAUCCUACCAACACCACAUUCCUGAAGAUGGCUGACUCCGGUGGGCUGCCCCAGGUCACACAGCCUGGCAAGCUGACCGAAGCCUUCAAGUACUUCCUGCAAGGCAUGGGCUACAUCACCCACCUGAAGGACCGGCGGCUGAGUGGAGGCACAGUGCCCUCUGCCAGCAUGACCCGCCUGGCACGCUCCCGCACGGCCUCCCUCACCAGCGCCAGCUCCGUGGAUGGCACCCGCCCGCGUGCCUGCACCCACUCGGAGAGCACCGAGGCCAUGGGGCAGAUCAACCACACCAUGGAGGUAUCGUGCUGAGGUCCACGCCCGCUGCCGACGUCUCCUUCAGAGCCAUCUCCCAUCYGUCAGCAUCCCGCCAGCACCCACCCGCCCCGUGGACAUCCUCCACCAGGGCCCUCGCUUCUUCGGGGUCAAUUUGUCUUCUUUGCCAUCGGCCUCAUCCCCUUGUCUGCUACAGGAGAAGGAGAGGGGCUUCGUCCAGCAGUCACACAUGGUUCUGCGUUGGUCCUCACCCUCCCGAGCAUCGGCUCGGCCCCGGCUUGGGAGGGUGGGUGGCAGGGGGACAGGGCCGGGAUGGGGUAGCAGGGUCAGGGUGGUGAGAUGGGGACAGGAUGUUGGGAUGGGAUGGGACAGCACGUGGAGAGGACACAGGAGGUAGGUUGGUCUGCCAGGUUCAACUGAUGGCUGACCAAGUCAAAAGGAAGAGAGGAAGAGGGAGCAGCACUUACUGGGGGUCAUGGUCUGUGYCUAAGGAUGCAAUUUUCAUUUCUCCCUGAUGGCCCUCUCUGGGGAGAGCUAGCACAGGAUUCCCCAGCACACCCAGGAUCUGCUACCCCAGAGCUAGCUGAGCCUUGUGAGAAAUCACAUCCCAAACUGUCUCUUCGCCCUGGCCAUGUACCCCGAGGGCUGCCCUGGGGCAAGUGAAGAGGGAUCAGCCCUUCUCCAGAAGCUGGGAGGGCAGGAGGGUGGCGCGAGUGUCCCCCUGCCUCUGCCCAUGCCCUCGCCUGUGGUGGCACUUCUUUGUCCCUUGCUGCAAGGACAAUUACCGCCCGCCACCAGGAAUGCACGGGGAGGGGGAAUUGGCUGGCUUUGUGGCUGCCACACCGUCAGUUCCACUCCUGGSUCUUGGGUUGAGCCCACCACGGUCCAGGGCUGCUGUUUUAGGGGAUGUCACACAGCAAAUCCCACCUCAAGUUUUGUCACAACCCGUGGGUGUCACCACCGUGGAGCCAUCAGCAAUAAGAUGACACACUGGCCCCACUGUGCUGGGGAGCCCUCAGCACCCUCUGCCCUGCAAGGUGCAUCCCUGCAAGGUGCUGGCGGUGUGGGGUGACCCAUGGGAUGGAGGGAGCACUCCAGUGUCCACAGAGCUGGCCAGACCCACUGUGGCUCCCCAAAUCCACACCCCACACCCCCAGCAUUUUGCCUGCACACUGAGUGGGGUGUCUCUCAAGGGCUUGGCUCCCCCCGGGCUGUGGGGCCCCAUCUGGCCACAGAUUCCGGGUGGCUUUUGCCUCUGGCACUCAGCACAGAGACCCUGUCAUUGCAUGACCCCAAUGCUGGCCACCAGCCUCAGCUGCUGGAGCAGCAGCAGCACCCAGCCCCUCCUGUGCCCGCCGUGGGGCACAGCAAGGACAGCCCUGGCUCUGGUGACGGGUGCUCAGGUCUCUGUAGGUUGUUCAUGGGGGACCUGAGCAGGGAACCCACCAGGUGCCACCAUCUGGGUGAGCAGAACCAGCCCGCUGGAAGCAGGUCCCACCUGGCCCCACAAAAGCAUUGUACCCCCCAGACCCCAUCCCUGCUCCCAGUGGAGGGCACAGAGCUCCUGGGGCUCCCAGCGGGUGUAUGAGGGCCCUUGGCCCUGAGACCCGUGCCCCACCUGAUCCCUCCCACAGGAAAAGGCCACCCCAAAACACCAGUUUGUCCCCGUUUGUCCCCCACUUUGUUCUGCUGUGUGCUUCCUUCUUGGUGUGACUCUGAAAGCUACGUAGCUCCUUUUUACGGUAGAUACCGCUGCGAUCUCUUGUUUUCUCAGCGUCSUUCCAGAUGAUAUAUAUAUAUAAAUACCUAUACAUAAUAUAUAUAUAAGGGUUUGCCCAGUUCCUGACCUUUUUGGGUUCCCUCCUUGCAUUCUUGUCCAAGCAGUGCCGUGUGGUUUCCCUGGAGGUGGUGUGGCCGUGCUCGCCUUCAGUUCCUCACCUUGAUUUUGUUGGUUGGUUGGUUUGUUUCUCCCUGGUGGUUUGUUCUUCUGAUUUUUGUUGGUUUUCCCUUUUUUUCCCCAGUCACAGCGGAAUUUAACACAUUUUCCUGUCUUGAGUGCAGCCUGGUUUUGUCACAGCGGCAUCGAGGCCGUGGCACUCACGAGACAGCAAUAUGUAAACCGGAUUUAACUAACCUGUUGCUGUAGAGAGGAGUUACUGUGUUGGAAAUAAACCAACAAACUAAUAAAGAUGUUAAGAA